CGCCACGUGAUUCCCAUGCUUCUUAAUUCGCAAUUGACCACUUCCAUUCAUCCUGGAGAUCUUUGCGUUUGUGCACCCACUGGAAGUGGAAAGACUCUUGCUUACGUGCUUCCUAUUUUGCAUCAUUUAUUACAGAAGAGAAUGCGAAAGUUGCGGUGCCUUAUUAUUUUACCUACGCGUGAUUUAGUGCAACAAGUUUAUAAAGUUGUAGAAAAGUAUGCGAAGGGAACAUCGUUAAAGUUUACAAGUUGUACAGGACAAACAAGUUUUGAGGCGGAGCAAAAACUUUUAGUUUCUUUUAACAAAGUUACUGGCGCGUAUGAAAGUUUAGUUGAUAUUGUUGUGGCUACUCCCGGGCGUCUAUUGGACCAUCUUGGCUCGACACGUGGUUUUACUCUACAAUAUUUGCGUUUUUUGGUCCUCGAUGAAGCUGAUCGUUUGUUUUAUGAGAGUUAUUAUGAUUGGCUUUCCAAGACAUUGAAAAGUAUAUAUUCUGCAGAUGAACCUUUUAGAGAGGAGCCCGUGGUGCUGACUCCAGCGUUUAUACAGAUCCCCACAUUGCCUUUACAAAAACUAGUCUUUUCCGCCACGCUUACACCAAAUCCUCAAAAGUUGUCUGCACUUCGAUUGCAGUUUCCCAAGUUUAUUACCGCCGCUACCUACGAAAAGUUUGUGACGCCAGAAAAGUUAAAAGAAUACAAGAUUGUUUGCUCUACGCUCGAAAAGCCGCUUGUUUUAGUCUAUUUACUCCAAAAGUUGAACUUUAAAAAUGUGCUUUGCUUUACUUCCAGCGUGGAAUCCACUCAUCGCUUAUUUUUAUUACUGAAACUUUUUGGAGGCAUUUCAGUGGCUGAAUAUUCAUCUCUUCUACCUCAAAAAACGAAGGAACACGUGCUUGAAGCCUUUAAGUGUAACCAGAUUGAUGUAUUGGUUUGCUCUGAUUCAAUGGCACGUGGCAUGGACCUUGAAAAUGUUGAAAAAGUUAUUUGCUUUGACGCUCCCUUUCAUAUGAAGGCAAACUUUUACUACUGUUAUAUAUUAUUAUUUUUAUUGUUAUUAUAA